AUGGUAAAUUUGUUGGACAUAAGUGAAGCGGAUGCUAAAGAGAUCAGGCGGAAGUGGUGGCAGUCGCCUAAGAGCAAGAAAAAGAAAACAAAGCCGGCGUCGGUAGCGUCAGCGGUGGGCGGCUCGAGAGGGUCGUUCCUGCAACGCGACAAGUUGUAUAAGCAGAGGCUCAAGCAACUCACCAAACAACAUCCACAACCGUUCGUGGUGCGCGGGCACCACCUGCAGCUGGUGGCGCUGACGGCGGCGGCGCACUGCCACCACUGCGCGCGCGCCGUGGGCGGGCCGGCGCCGCAGGCCUGCGUGUGCGCGCUCUGCGGCCUGCGCGUGCACCGCGCCUGCGCGCGCGCCGUGGACGAGGGCUGCUGCAUCGACGCCGACCACGCGCCCCACAACCGCAUCUCGCGCUUCAUGGAGCGCAUGCACACGCACGCGCCCGAUUCAAGCGAUAAGAAAUCAAGAAAGACGUCGGGCACUGCGCACUUUCUCAACAUGGAACGAAGUGUUCGGAAGAUGGAGGACGACUCGCCGUGGGACGCCGCGCUCGCGCCCGGCGCAGCUCAAGGUAAGGCGACGCGUUGUACUACACUGGCUUGCUUCAGAACUGUGAGCAAGCUGCGAUUUAUUUUCAUUAUGUUU